AUGAGAGUAUUACGAAGAACAUUACAUGAAAUGGACUUUCGGUAUGUGAAGAGAAGUCGGAAAAGUUUGUUGAUCGAGAGAGCCGAAUUAGUGAUAUGGCGGAGAAAAUAUUUACAAAAAAUUCGUGAUUUUAGACGACUUAAUAAAAAAAAUUAUUAUACGGACGAAACGUGGUUGAAUGAGGGUCAUACGAAAUCGAAAGUAUGGCAAGACUUGAAUAUUAAAAGUGCGCGACAGGCUUUCAUUGAGGGACUUUCAACCUGCUUAAAAGCACCUUCGGGCAAAGGAAGACGUCUCAUUAUAACGCACAUUGGAAGUGAUUCAGGUUUUUUACAAGGUGGUUUAAAUGUGUUUACCUCAAUCAAAACGAGCGAUUAUCAUGAGGAUAUGAAUUCGGAUGUGUUUGAAAAGUGGUUUUCGUCUAUACUGACUCUUGUAGAUCCUGGUUCGGUAAUUGUAAUGGACAACGCACCUUAUCACAGCCGUCGUGUGGAAAAAAUACCGACUUCUGCAUCUCGAAAGGCAGAUAUAGAUUGGCUAAGAAGUAAAAAUAUAGAUUUUGAUGAAUCCAUGAUAAAGGUUCAAUUACUUGAUAUAGUGCGGAAACAUAAGAGUUCAUACAUCAGAUUUGCAGUAGACGAAAUGGCACGUGAGCAUGACAUCACCGUAUUAAGAACUCCACCAUAUCAUUGUGAAUUGAAUCCCAUCGAGCUUAUAUGGGCAAAAAUAAAAAAUGAGGUAGCGCAAAAGAAUACAACCUAUAAAUUAAAAGAUGUCAAAUUAUUAUUAGACCAAGCCAUACAAAAUAUAACCGCUUCCAACUGGCAGUCAUGCAUUACACAUACACAGAAAGAAGAAGAUAAAAUGUGGGACGUAGACACGCGUGUUGAUGUUCUUAUCGAGCCCAUUAUCAUUACUCCAGGAGAAGACAGUAGUGAUAGUGAAUUAACAAUAGGAAGUGAUUCAGAAUAA